UUCUCCACUGCAAUAUAUAAAGCCUCCUCUUUUUCUCCUCCACGAGCUCGCCAUCUCCCUCUCUCUCUCUGCGGAAUCUCUUCCUCUGGUUUGUGUUCGAAUACGUACAGAAAAGAUAUGGCAGAGGAGAAGAAAGCUAAACCCAGCGGUGUCUGGACUACUGUCAAGCCCUUUGUUAAUGGCGGUGCCUCCGGUAUGCUCGCCACCUGCGUCAUCCAACCGAUCGAUAUGAUCAAGGUGAGGAUUCAACUUGGCCAGGGAUCUGCAGCUUCUGUGACCAAGACCAUGUUGAAGAAUGAGGGUUUUGGUGCCUUCUACAAGGGCUUGUCUGCUGGUUUGCUCAGGCAAGCAACUUACACCACUGCUCGUCUUGGAUCCUUCAAGAUUUUGACGGCAAAAGCAAGUGAGGCUAACGAAGGGAAGCCUCUGCCUCUAUAUCAGAAGGCUUUGUGUGGUCUGACAGCUGGUGCCAUUGGUGCUUGUGUCGGUAGUCCAGCAGAUUUAGCUCUUAUAAGAAUGCAAGCUGAUGCAACCUUGCCCUUAGCUCAGCGUAGGAAUUACACAAACGCCUUCCAUGCGCUUUAUCGUAUAGUUGCCGAUGAAGGAGUUUUGGCACUUUGGAAAGGUUGUGGGCCUACUAUGGUCAGGGCCAUGGCUUUGAACAUGGGAAUGCUCGCUUCUUAUGACCAGAGUGCUGAGUACUUCAGAGAUUCCCUCGGUUUCGGGGAAACAUCUACUGUUAUAGGAGCAAGUGCUGUUUCAGGUUUCUUCGCCUCAGCUUGUAGUUUACCCUUUGACUAUGUAAAAACCCAGAUUCAGAAAAUGCAACCCGACGCCGAGGGAAGAUAUGCCUACACCGGAUCUCUUGACUGCGCCAUGAAAACCCUAAAAUCCGGUGGACCUCUGAAAUUCUACACAGGUUUUCCGGUUUAUUGCGUUAGGAUCGCUCCUCACGUCAUGAUGACAUGGAUCUUCCUGAAUCAGAUCCAGAAACUGGAAAAGAAGGCAGGCUUAUAAUAAAAUGUUCUUUGUGCAUUACCAAAGCUUCCAUGAGAGACAGAAACUUCAGUGAAUAAAAUAGAGCAACAAACAAGAGCAAAAGUCCAACCACAUUGGCUUCUGUUUUUUUUUUCCUUCUCUACUCCUUUGUUUAGGUUUUUUUUAUUAGUAUUGUUUCGAUGGUUUCAGAUUAUUAUAACCGUUAAUUUUGAUGUUUUGGCCUGAUAAUGUUAUAAUCCAACUAGAGACAUGCAUGCGUCAA